CUUCCGGUCAGCUAGGGUUAAAAAAAACUCCGGUUAAAUGACAGAUUUGAGCCUCCCCUUCAGUCUCGUGAUCCAUAUCAUUAAAAAGAAAUAAUAACGGCGCCACUUUUUGCAACCACUGAGCGACACUGAAAUAUCUACCUACCUUUGAAGAAGGUUUAUUUUACAGAAAUAUAUUAGAGACCACGAGGAGGUGCAGCGCAUAUGGAUUGGUUAAUGGGGAAGACUGCAAAAUCAAAGCCAGAUGAAAAGCUGCCUUCAACUGAAGAGAAAAAGUUGUAUCUGGAAGCCGAGUACACCUCAGCCCGAGUGUCUGAUGCAGAUUUGCCCAUGCUCGUGAGCUUGCCCAGAGAAAUUGACCAGAAUGAAUGGUUGGCCAACAACACAAUGACAUUCUUCAAUCAUAUAAAUCUGCAGUACAGCGCUAUCUCUGAGUUCUGCACAGCAGAGACCUGUCCAGUGAUGAAUGCAUGUAACAUUCAGUACUUCUGGACAGAUGAGCGGGGGAAGAAAAUAAAGUGUACUGCACCUCAGUACAUUGACCUAGUGAUGACACACAUCCAAAAACUACUGACCGAUGAGGAAAUCUUCCCUACCAAGUAUGGUAAAGACUUCCCAAGUUCCUUUGAAUCACUCGUCCAGAAGAUCAGCCGCUACCUCUUCCACGUUCUUGCUCAUAUCUACUGUGCCCACUUCAAGGAAGUUGUGGCCCUUGAACUGUACCCACACCUCAAUACUGUGUACACACACUUUCUGAUCUUUGUCAGGGAGUUCAAUCUCAUCGACCCCAAGGAAACGGCAGUGAUGAGGGACUUAACAGAUGUUCUGCUCUGUGGCACACCGCAGCCCCAGAACCAUGUUAACCACAGAUGAACCGGGUGGCCAAUGCACAUCAUGGAUAUUAGAACUAUUUUCUUUAGUGGAAAGAAUGAUAACUUAAGAGAUCAUGUUGCCCAUGGCAACGUUGAAGUAACAUGUGACCAACAAAUCAGUGAUUCCAAGAGGCCCAAAAUGGUGACUACUGCAGUUAUCCUUUAUGAUGGCCUCACUGAAUAGCAUCUUUUUCGAUAUUAAACUGUAUAUGGUGUCAUUUAGCCUCCCUCCCGCUUCAGCACCCUAAUGACAGCAAGUAAUGAGUUCUUUCAUUUCUGCAGAAGAUUCUCAUAACUUGCUUGCUGCCAGUUAUGGAUCUGUCAGCAUUCAUGAAAUAACUGGUGUCACUCGCUGUCACACGUGAAGUAUCCAGUUUUUCAUCAGGUCCUCCAUUGCCCUUCUCUGGUUUGGCACAGAAUGUGGCCUGGAUGCCACAAAUCUGCGGGCAGAGCAAUGAAAUUAGAAAGAUCCUUAGAGAAACAUAUUAUAUGGCUUAUGGGUUGGAAUGGAUAAAGGCUUCUGUUUUGUGCAAGUAGGAUCGUUUUUUGGUUUUGUGUGUUACCAUUUCCUGGGUAUAUUUGUAACAAGCUGGAGGUGGUUUUUGCUUCAAGGGCCUUGCUGCUAUUCCUGCUACCCACUCCCUUUUUCUAGUUGUAUUUUAGUUGGUGCCAUCAAGUGAGCUCUAUUGAAGACUUUCUGCAUCUAACGAUCCUAAUGGGCCUUUUUUUAUAUCCUGCAUGCAAUCUUUUGAGUUAUCUGUGAGCCUAGAAGCGGCACUGAUGUCACAUGCGGACCCCCCCCCCCCCACCCCCAAAACAUUGGUAGCUAUGAACGUUCCAUAAAACUGGUAUAUAAUUGACUCUUCUUGGCAUCAAUUGUUAUGCUCAUCAGUGAAAGGAGCCUGUGCUGGAGAACGGAACAUUUUCCAUUGUCAACUCAGGCACAAGAUUAUAGCAUGCAUUAGUUGCAGAGUAAAGCCUCCUUUGCUCCAUCUCAACAACAUGCUUCAGAUACAGCUUUUGGAAAGCUGCACCAGUGUGGCAUUUUUCCAUUUUCCACAUCCUUGCCACUUUUGAGUGUGAUUUACCAGGCAGUGUCAAAUUAGGGCUGGUUUGCGCUGUAGUCCAUGUUUGUGGGGCAGGAAUAAGACUGCUGUAAGUUAUAGUUCUUUUAUUUUAGCAUUGAUAUAUUACCCUACUGACUUGGGAGUGGUGGGAUAGGUGAAAAUAGUUCAGCUGAUGAUUUCAGAAUCAUGGGUGUCAGUCACCUCCCCCUUGUACCUGAGAGUUUAAAUCUCCUUGUUAUUUAUAUGAAUUUUCCUGCGCUUUAUCCUUUGCAACCAAAUUAACUUUUAGAAUGAUGGAAUAAAGUGUCUUGCUCUCCCUUCUGAUUCCAAUAAAUUAUCUAGUUUGGGAGGUAGUGGGAAAUGUGAUUAGUGGGAGGUAGUGGGAAAUUGGGUUAAGUCCUGAGACCAUUUUAGGUUGUGCCUCAUGCCCUUUUUAUGGCUCACUAGUAUUUUUAAUGUCGUAUAUUGGGAAAUGAGCACAAGACCAAUUGAGGCGCGCACACCCACUGGCUUGCCAGCACUUUCCUCCUGUGUGCCAUGACCCUGCUAAGGUCACAGAAAAACUGAGUCACGGGAGAUAUCCUCGGGACCCAGGCACUUAUCUUGAGAUCUUUGACUCUGAAGCAGAUUAAAAGGUCUUUAUCAUGAUGGAAAGGUUUGUGUGACCCAGUAAUGAGCCCUCCCUCUCUCUUCUCCUCUCUCCUUUGACACACUGCAAUUUGUAAAUUCACUUCUCAGUUCUCUUUAAUACAGUCUUUGGAAAAACUCAAGGCUAAUCCCACAGCUGCAGAAUUGCACAGAAACUGCUGUGACACCAGAACCAUUAUAACAUCUUAGAGAAUUGUUUCAUUUCACUAAAUGCGACUUAGAUGAAUUAUGGAACACAGACAGCAAGUAAAACACGGAUCUUGCAUAUUAGCAGUAACUUGAGUCCAGUAAUUCUAAGGUCUGUGCCUGUGGCUUAAUUAAUUUCUUGUCAGAUGUGCAUUUUAAAAGUUUUUUUCUCAAUGGCUGUAAUUAGAGUUUUCGUUCAUUCUCCAACACAGCAUCAGCAGAACCGUAUCAUAGUCAGGGCCAGUUCCUCCAGGAAAGAAAGAUGUGGUUAGAACUUAGCAGCUUUGAUCAUUAGGAAAUCAGUUUUAAUUUCAAUGAUCCCUUUUGGAUUUUCGAGCACAGCUGGUAACGUCUAGACUCUAAAUGGGUAAUUUUACAGUGAAAGCUACUGUUUGGAAAGGAAGAUGGGCAGGGUAUCGUCUGCUUGUUAAACUGUCCCAAUCUGUCAGUGACAUCUGAAGUGGAUUAAGUUUAUGAGGUGCCAGGUUUAUGUUUCCAGGUUUAAUUUUUAAAGACCGUAACAAUGCAAUGUACUUCAAUACAUUUAUUAAUCUGUGAAUUUUAUUAAUCUUAUCCUGAUUUGCUUCAUGGUAAGGUCAUCUUUGCAAAGGCUAUUAUAAAAUAUUAAAUCUCAGCGGUGGCUGGAGGAUCUGAUUUUUCUUUUGUUUUUGUUUCUCAUGUCAGUUGCAAAUACUAUUUAUUUUGGCAGGUUGUGUUCCUUUGUUGACUGGAGCAGAAUACAAGCUGCAUCAACACUUUGCUUGGAGUGUCUGGUAGCACCAUUAAACUUUUGUGUAUGGUUUAAGUGGAUAUUACAAUGGUUUUAAUCCAGGAUUUGUGGGUUUAAAUUUAGCAUGUUAACCCUACAGGGAUGCAGCUGGCAGCAGAUGUGUGGAUUACUAUAUCUCUCUCUUUGCUUCACUCUAUUGUGUAAGCAAACCCAAGUCCCAAGAGCUGAUAGCAUUGCAGGUUCAGGAAGAUGUGGGUUUGCAGUUCAGGAUAGCAAUACUGGCUUUGGCUCUGUAACCCCAGAGAGAGACCAACCCUGUGCAGGAUCAGUGGAUCCUACAAACCUACAGAGACAGGCUCAGGGCAAAUGUAGGUGAGCAGCACACACGCGAUCCCUCUCCUGAUACAUGAGGCAGCGGCAAGCUCAAGAGAGGAGUUUGAAAAGGAGAGGAAUUGCGUGCUUUUGUGUAGAAAAUGAUUUGCAGAUAGGGUAGCUCCAAUGCCAAAUGUUGUUUAACCGUUUUUAUGUGAUGCAGGGACCGGGAAAUUAGAAAAUGACAUAUAUCCCAUGCCAUUUAUAGAAGCAGUGCCUACAUUAUUGAGAAUGAGGGGUUUGCGAACCAAGGAGGUGUCUCUGGACUAAGUUCAUGAGAGUUGCAAGCAUGAAUGAGUUAUAUUGCUUGAUGCCACUGAAAGAUGUUUUUUUAUUUAACAGCCAGAACGAUCGCUCCCUGUUGUAUCCACUUUGGGUUGUGUUAGCAAGUACAGGACUUCCAUUUUUAAUGUUUUUGAUUUUUUUUUUUGUGUGUGUCUAGAGCAAAGAUUUUGAAACAAAUACGUGUAUAAAUGACUGUGUUUGGUAACAGAACCACUGGUUUUUGGCCGAGUAGCAGGAGUGGUCACAUACAUUAUUUAAAUAUACGUAGCAGGAUUAAAGGUUAUGUUGGACUGUGCUGAUGUACUUGAGCGGCAAUGAAGCCAGUCUCUCUCUCUCUCUCAUUCUGAAGCUAUGACAUCCUUUUUGGGUGGCUUAUGUAGUGUUUUAUUUUUCUUAAAAAGAAAAUAUCAGAUUAUUGAGUAGAUGCAUGUGUUCUCUAGAUGGUUCACUCCCAGGCUAGUGGACUGGACUCAACAGCUUGAGGGGAUAUGAGUUAAGUGACUUAGUAUGAUUACAAGCUGGAACUUGCUCAUUCCAUGGAAAACAUAGUGGGUUGGGUUUACUCUGAGGAAGAAUUUUUCUCGAUCUCGGUGGCUGGAGGCACGGAAGAGUAUUGGCAAUAACUUCUGUUUGCAUCAUCUCAUUUUUGAACUUGAAAAGUCUUUGAUGCUGACUACUUCUAAGCUUGUGAUGAAGAUACCUGAAACAUUGUCAGGUGUGGUGCAUUGUAAUGAGAUACCGAGACAAAUUGCACCCCAGUUAUCUUCCAUAUAUAAUUUGAUUUGAUUGCCUGUAGACUUUAGUUUUAUUUCUCCCUCGUUAGGAAUCCUUAGGCUUGGGAUGAGUGUGAAAGGAUACUGCGAGCUUCUCAGCUGUUCACUGUUAGUGCACUCGAUGACUGGCUAACAGGAAGAGAUUAUACACUGACAGUACCAGAUCAAAAGACGUGCUUUGGCUUCAUCCCACAACUGCACUGAUGGUGCUAGCUUAUUGCUACAAUGAGUUGUUAAUUUACAGAAAGCCUAAGGUAGUCUAUUAAUACUGGAUGUAAUAUAACUCUGAAGAUCAUACAUUUCAUCUCACAGGAAAACUGAAAAAUAAAAGAAAUAACUUUAA